CCGUAAAGUUUGUCCCUGCACGGAUGCCAUCGCAGAGUUGCCUCCCAACAACACCAACUACAGUGCCGUCAGACCACUUCUGCUUUCACAGCGAUGUACUGAUUUGUUUAAAAAUGCCUUAGCUCGGUGCUGCUGCUGUGUCACCUGGCCGCAAUUGUCUGGAUUUAGUCACAGUGACCGCAUCACAAAUCUCCGCAGCCUUCCGCCGACAUCAAACGGGCACUUGAAAAUAGUCCCCUGGAGCCUGAUAAACCAACGAGGCAUAGAAGCAGGACAGAGGAUUCACUUUGUUCCUAUCAGCUGAGUCAUUCAGAGUGAAACCAAGGAAGGGCUUUGAAGAAAUGUACAUAGAAGUGCCGUAAGUGUCCUGAGGAAUGGGGAGCCUGAAGUGAUGGAGAACCCAGAGGAAAGCCUUGCAAGUGAGCAGGUCCCCAGACCCCCAGAGCGAGGCCUUCUUCACGUCUGGCAUUCAGCGGGCCACAACAAGCAGCUCUGCCCAGAGAGGGUGUUGCUAUCCAGGCCCGUGCUGCAGGUCUCCCUGGGGGAACAUCAUGGCCUCCUGCUCGCACAGGGUGGUCAGGUGUAUUCAUUCGGAGAGCUUUUAUGGAGGGAUCUGAGCAUCCCCGUGUCUGCUCCAGUGCCAGAGGUCUCUCUGCUGGGGAAGAUGGUAGUACGUGUGGCUGCCGGCGGCUUCCACUGCGGCGCACUGAAUGAGCAGGGUAGCGUCUACAUGUGGGGGGAGAAUACUGCAGGACAGUGUGGACAGACGGAGAAGGGUACAGUCACAAACCUCACCGUUCCAGAUCCUUGUCCAGUCAGUGUGGUGGACAGUGAGGUCGUUCCUCCAGUGGUGGUUCGGGUUGUGGACCUUGCCUGUGGACGGGAGCACAGCCUGGCUCUGUCAGCCAAGAAUGAGCUGUGGGCGUGGGGUAGUGGCUGCCAGCUCGGCCUGGUCACCAGCACUUUCCCUGUGGGGAAACCACAGAAGGUGGAACAUUUGGCGGGCAGACAUGUGAUUCAGGUGGCCUGCGGUGCAUACCACAGCCUGGCCCUCGUUCGAAGUUUACCUCCUCAGGACUAUAAUACCCAGAAUGCCCCUAAGAAGAAGGAGCGAGGCCAGUCACCCCACUGCUCUGUGACAGAGAGGGAGGAGCUGCCUGCAGUUGAAGAUGCUCAUUACUGCCCACUCGGGGUGGAGUUAACUGAAGUCAUGAAGGGAGAGACAUCUCCCCAAGUUCGAGGACCCAGACAAAGGCUCCGUGCUGGGGGAAUGUCAUUGAGCAGCAGUCCUGGCUCUGAAGACAGCAAAUCUAACACUAAAGACACAAAGCUUGAAUCUGAGGGUCAUACUGACAAUGCAAUGCAGACUGACAGCAGCCCAAAGGUCCACCUGCUGUCAGGCUGGAGAACCAACAAGAAUCUGUCUGAUGAGCUGGAGCUGCAGAAUCUCUUUGAGAAACUCUCUGAUCAGUCAUUAGAUAAACGAGACACUGACUCACUGAGCAGCCACACUUCAGACGACAGCUGUGUUUCCUCAACUCCUUCCACUGACCUGUUGACUUCCAGUUACAAAGAUGACUCAAACACAAAGAGACAAACCCCCAAUAACAGUGGAAUGUCUGGGUCGCACUCCUCUUCUCCAGUGUGUCUUGAUGAGGUUCGACUCUGUCUGGAGAAGGAAAAAUCAGCCCUGCAGGGGCUGAAGAGCUCCAGUCUCACAAAUAUACACCAGAAGGGGAAGACGGCAGCGAGCAGGAGACGCUCGCUUCCUGGAACACCCACCCAUGGGUCUCCUCGGAGGCGUCACCCUUGUGCUUGCAGACCAUCCUCAGCUGGUGGGGCCCCAGCUGCAGCUCCAGAGGAGGCAGAAGACGGGCUGCCAUCUCUGGAAACAGAGGUUUGGAGCUGGGGCCGUGGCUCUGAGGGGCAACUUGGUCAUGGAGAUCAGCUUGCCAGACUCCAGCCUCUGUGCAUCAAGUCUUUAACAGGCGAAGAAGUGAUCAAAGUUUCUGCAGGCUCGCACCACUCGCUGGCUCUCACUGCUCAGUGCCAGGUGUACUCAUGGGGCAGCAACAUGUUCGGACAGCUCGGUCACCUCAACAGCCCCGUCACUGUCCCUCAGCAGACAAAGCUGUCUGAUGGUCUUCGUGUUUGGGACUUGUCAGCCGGCCAGAGCCACUCCCUGCUCCUGGCUGAUGGAGACUAUGUGCAGCCGGUCCUGUUGUACUGCGGCCAACAGCAGGAGCCAAUGUCAGUGCAAACUGAGAGGCUGCUCCAGAGUCAUAGCUCAAGCCAGAGGUCACCCAAAAGGGUGGAGAGUUAUACAGUCAUACCCACACUGCUUCCCUUCUGCAUUGAGAUGGGUUAUGUUAGCAGUGUGUGCAGUGGAGGUCAGAGCUGUGCAGUGCUGGCAGACCACAAUGUCAUGGGUUUUAUCUCAGCUAUCCAUGAGCUGGCCUCCAGAGAGAGACACUUUUACUGUUGGUGUAGCAGCGUCAGGAAGAUCCUCCUCACCCCACUGCGUUACAGAGAGAGUGUGUGUCCAGUGUUGGGUGAGCAGUGCACUCAUCUCUUCUUCUCUCUCUGUGAGAGUUUUGUUCAGCUGAGCACACUGAUUGGUCGACAUGCCACAGCACUCACCUACUUCCUGCAUAAUGUGCAGGGCUGGGAUGUCACAAUCCUUCCCCUGCUGACCCACACAGAGUAUUUCAUGGGCAUAUACAAAAAGUAUUGUUAUUCAGUUGGUGAUUUCCAAGUGAUGGGCGGGUUUCAGCCGCUUCAUAAACUCUCAGUUGAGAGUUUAGGCUUUCAGCAGGCUUUGCUUACUCAGCUUUCCGUAUCAGACCAGUCAGUCAGUGGUGAUGUUGAUCUGGUUUCAAUGUUGUACUGGCCUCUGCAGCAGCUCCACCAGUACAGCCGAGCCCUGCUCAAACUGGCAGCCUGCUAUGAUGUGUUAACUGUAGAGUAUCAGUCCCUCGAUCAGGGUCAUAAAAAUUACGAGGCCCUGUCUUCAUCACUGUUAAGAAGGAAAAACGAGGCUGAAACCACCUUCCUGUUCUGGAAGACCCACUCUGGCAAAACUACUGAGUGUCUACGUCUUCCCAGGCGUCGUGUGGUCUGUGAAAGCAGCAACAGAUCUCUGACUCUGCAGAACGCCGGGCGGUUCUCAAAUCACUGGUUCAUACUUUUCAAUGACGCUCUGGUACACACACAGGGUACAAUUCCCUCUCAGAGCUUCUUCUCCACACAUCACAUCUACCCUCUGACCUGUUUGUGGGUGAAACCGGUCACUGAAGAUGGCAGCGGACUCCAUGCCCUCAAAAUAACUUGUCCAGAGGAGAGUUUCACCCUGGUGGCCUCAACACCGGAGGAAAAGAACAAAUGGUUACGAUCUCUUAACCAGGCAGUGGAUCAGGUACUGGGCGGUGGAGGUCAGGGGUCAUCACCAGCAAUGACUCGCACAGCCUCCUACAUGUUCACGGCAGAAGAACGGUUCAAAGACGCUCAUUACACCGGGAGCUGGUUGGCAGGACGGGUUCAUGGCAGAGGAACCAUGAAGUGGCCCGACGGGCGGCUGUACAAGGGGAACUUUAAGAAUGGACUGGAGGACGGCUAUGGAGAGUGUGUAAUUCCUAACAAACUGCUGAAUAAAGCAGACACCUACCAAGGACAGUGGAGAGAGGGCAAGAUCCAUGGUUUUGGCAAGUACAAGUAUGCCAGUGGCGAGGUGUACGAGGGCUGUUUCUGUGAUGGGCAACGGCAUGGUUACGGCAUGCUGAGCUCCGGGAAACUGGCCAAGACUUCCUCCAGCGUUUUCAUCGGGCAGUGGGUCCACGAUACGAAGACUGGAUACGGCGUCUACGAUGACAUCACAAGAGGUGAGAAGUAUAUGGGCAUGUGGCUGGAUGACCAGCGGUAUGGCAACGCAGUGGUCAUCACGCAGCACGGUGUGUACUUCGAAGGAACUUUCAGAGAGAACAAAAUGAGUGGUCCAGGUUUGUUGGUGUCAGACGAUGACACAAUUUUUCAUGGAGAGUUUUCUGAUGACUGGACCAUCAGCGGGAAGGGUGUUUUAUCCAUGCCUAACGGUGACAGUCUGGACGGCCAGUUCAGUGGUGAGUGGAGCUCAGGUCUGAAGGUGGUUGGAACAUACACAAAGCCAGGCACUGAUGAACCGAUGAGCAAGGAGAGAAACGGCCUGAACAGACUGGAUAAGUACGCGGUGCCUGCAGAUCAGAGGUGGAUUUGUGUGUUUGAUGAAUGUUGGAGUCGGCUGGGCUGUGACGCUGCUGGGAGAGGAGAGAGAACGACAGCCUGGGAGAACAUCGCUGUUACAAUAACAACUGCACGACGGCAGAGCCCAGACCUCAGCAGGUCUCAGACCAAAGUCCUGGAGUGUUUGGAGUUUAUUCCUCAGUAUGGAGACCCUGUCACUACAGCAAACUACGACAACAUACGGAGAUAUCUCACCAAGGCAUGUGAGACCCCCUACCACCCUCUAGGCUGGCUGGUGGAGACGCUGGUGACGGCCUACAGGAUGACAUACGUCGGUGUGGGAUCAAAUCGCAGGCUGCUCAGGCAGGCUGUCCAAGAGGUCCAAGCCUACAUCACGCACUUCUACAGCAUCGUCAGGUUUUUAUUUCCAGGAUUACCGGAGGAUGGCAGCGUCCUCCAAGAAGCUCCCACCUCUCCAUCUAAAAGCAGACACAGCUCUUACAAAGCAGGGCAAGGCAGUGCUGUGGUGGUGAGCGCCUCCUCUCUGCUUCUCCCUCUGCUCCUCCCUCGACUCUAUCCUCCUCUCUUUACUCUGUACUCCCUGCAGGAGGAGCAGGAGGAGGCUCAGUACUGGGAGCGCAUCCUCCGACUCAACAAACAGCCUGACCAAUCGCUGCUCGGCUUCCUGGGAGUGCAGGAGAAGUUCUGGCCACUGUGGAUGUCAAUUCUAGGGGAGAAAAAGCAGAUUGUGUCCAGCAGCAAAGAUGCCUGUUUUGUUUCUGCUGUAGAAACUCUCCAACAAAUCAGCACCAGGUUCACUCCAUCAGACAAGCUCAUGGUGAUCCAGAAGACGUUUGAGGAGCUGACCCUGGAGGUGAAACCUCUGCUGGAUUGUGAUUUUCUUUGGUGCAUGGAUGAUCUGUUCCCGCUCUUCCUUUAUGUGGUGCUCAGAGCCAGGAUCAGGAACCUGGGAGCUGAAGUCAGCCUUAUAGAAGAUUUGAUGGAUCCCAACAUUCAGCACGGAGAGUUGGGACUCAUGUUCACAACACUAAAGGCCUGUUACAUCCAGAUCCAGCAUGAGACAAAUAUGUAGGAGGAGACAGGAGGAGGUCUCGCAGUGACAGGAAGUGCCAUAACCAAACAAGUCAGACUGCCAGUUUUCUGCUGGUGGUCAACAGGAAGCUGCAUCAAGGCUGCAGAUGCACACGGCAAAAAGACAGAAUGAAACCUCCCAGCAGCAGGAGGUCUGACACCUAACUCAACUUUUUGUAUUUUAGAACCACAGCAGGUCAGUGAUCAGUGGGGACACAUCGCCCUCUUCUGGACACGUUGGAAAAUUUCACCUUCAUUUUCAAAUGCACUUUGCACUCAGUUGAACUUCCAUAUCAGUUUAAGAACUAUUUAAUGAAAACGAGAAGAUUUAUUUGAAAUAACAGAGCGAUAUGAUUUGUUUGUUUCACAGGGUUUCCCUGACGGGUGAUUCAUUAGAAUAUACAGUGUAUAUUUUACCAAUUUCAUCUGCUUUCUAUGAAAACUUCAGGCAAAGAGAGCUAACUACAUCAUAAAUGAUAAACACAGCCACAUUUUAAAGGGAGAAUCAGGUGCUAAUAAUGGCAAUAAUGAUGUAAAUAUUUUUUCUAAACAUGAAACACUUUAAGGUUGUUAAGCUACGAUUGUUUCAGUUUCAACCAACCAGGGAAAGAGAACACAAGUGUGUUCUUAGUAGCAAAUUUUGGAUAAAUACACUGAAGUCUAAUGC